AGCCUGAAGUGAAGUGUGCGGUUGUGUUCGUUCCCAACAACUCCAUGCGUCGACCAUUCAAGAUGAGGUCGUUAACGCUGAUGGGCUUUGCAUGCUUUCUUUAUGUCGCGCUGGUAGUAGCGGACGACUCGGUUGCCAUUCGACAAAAACGAAGUCCUGCUCCAUUCUUCUUCAAAAAGGAUCACGACCAUCACGAACCAAAAUGUGUGUGGGAGAAGAAGUUGGCAUGGAAGGAGGACUGGAAGAAGGUAUGGGAGUCGAAAAAGGUCGAAGUGUGGAAAACCGAGUGGAAAAAGCAGCAGAUUCCAGUAUGGAAGGUGGUGGAAGUUCCUAUCUGGCGUGAGGUAAAGGUGCCAGAUUGGAAGAUCAUCAAGAAACCAUACUGGAAGGAAACAGAAAUACCAGCAUGGAAAGAAGUGCAGGUGCCAGACUGGAAGAAAAUAAACAAGCCCGUUUGGCGUGAGAUACAAGUCCCAGUAUGGAAGGAAAUCCAAGUUCCAGAGUGGAAGCAAAUCUGGGUUCCCGACACGGUAAAAGUUGGUAUACCUGGGGAAAAAUUCCUAGGAAAGGACGAACACGGAUGGGAGUAUACUAGCCAUGAUCUAUGGAAAAAAAAGAUGGUAUGGAAACCACUCUGGAAGAAAAUCUGGAAGACAGUUAAAAAGGAGGAAUGGAAAACAGAGAAGAAACUAGAGUGGAAAGAAGAGUGGGUACAAGUGUGGCGCACCGAAAAAAAGCAGAUUUGGGUAAAAAAGAAGGAAGAACUAUGGAAGGAAGAAAAAAUUGAAAUUUGGCGUAUUGAGAAGAAACAAGAAUGGGCCACUGAAAAGAAACUAGAAUGGAAAGAAGAGUGGAAGGAGAUCAAGGUUCCGGCCUGGAAAGAAGUGCAGGUGCCUGCUUGGAAAAAAGUGUGGAAGCCCGUCUGGGAGAAGGUUUGCGUUCCAGUCAGCCACGGAUGGCAUUAGUUCAAUAAGCAUCCGCUUCCAAAAUUAUUUCUUUUGUUAAUUGUUUGUUUGUUAUACUUUUCAUUCUUUUGUUGAUCAGUUGAUCGUUACUGUUUAGUACAAUGGUCUAGUUGGAAUUUUCUUCUGUCAGUUUCUACGUUCAAAAAUGAAACUAGCCCCGUCAGACCGCGUCAGUACGGUUUUCCUUUCACCGCUCGGAGCAUGUAGCACACACCAUGUUACAUAAUCUAACGAAAGUGGACCAACAUUCCAAUAUUUCCAGGGUCCAGUAUGCAGGUGCUGCUCUCUACAUUGGAAUUAAAUUUCCUAAGUCACCUGAAUUUUACUCUUUAUUUUGACCAUAAUGAAUGUUUAACGUUUAAUGUUGAAAAAUAGUUAGAAUGUCUUAGAAAAUUGAUAUGCCUUUGUAAGAGAACAGGCAGGACAUUUAGCCGAGAGAAGACUAGACGAACGUAAAAAAAUCACACGUUUCCUCGGAAUUCUAUAUUUCGCACGGUCACGAAUACUUCACACACCAUUCACAUUAAUACCUCAUCCUAUAUCUUAUGUACCUUUGUAAAUAGUGUUGUAAAUAGUUGUUGAAUUGACGAGCAAAUGUGCGUGGGAUGCAUUUGUGGAAUAAAAAAAAUAU